CACACUGGUUCACUGCUAGAUGUCCCUCAGCGCUGAGUCACUGAGGGACUUCACUUCCGCCACCUUGCUGUUCUAUUGGCUAAGCUCCGCCCAUACGUCACAUUCUUUUGGCCAAUCAGAAAGCACGCUGCACGCACGACCGACGUGGCGUCGAAGAAAAACACGGAAGUGAAUUAACAUGGCAGACGAAGGUGGAGGAGUGAUUGCGACCGAGAGGUACGGCUCUCAGGAAGCCUGGAGGUACCGGGUAAAGGAUGGAGAGAUGCACAGAGAGAGGGUCGGCCAGGACAGAGUGACCAGGGGUAAAUCCAUCACUGAUGCGUUCAAGAACGUUUUCCUGCCUCAGGGUUACCCCGAGAGUGUCAGCGAGGAUUAUGUGCAGUAUCAGAUUUGGGACACACUGCAGGCUUUCUCCAGCUCUCUCUCGGGCACACUCGCCACUCAGGCCUCACUGAAAGGAGUCGGAGUCGGCAAUCAAGAGGCCACGGUUGCUGCUGCUACAGUAACUUGGUUACUCAGAGAUGGAACAGGGAUGUUGGGGAGAAUCCUUUUCGCCUGGUUUAAAGGGAGCAAACUGGACUCGGAAGCCAAAAAAUGGAGGCUUUUUGCUGACAUUCUAAAUGACGUGGCGAUGUUGAUGGAGAUCACCGCGCCUCAUUUCCCUCCUUUCUUCACUCUUAUCGUCUGCAUCGCGGGAGUGUUUAAGUCGAUUGUAGGCGUGGCCGGAGGAGCAACGAGAGCGGCGUUAACCGUUCAUCAGGCUCGCAGGAACAACAUGGCCGACAUCUCUGCUAAAGACGGCAGUCAGGAAACGCUGGUGAACCUGGCAGGCCUUCUGGUUAGCUUAAUACUGAUCCCACUUGUCACUGACAACCCUGUGCUGACGUUUAUUCUCUUCUUCCUCUUCACCGCACUGCACCUGUUUGCGAACUACAAAGCUGUCCGAUCGGUCGUCAUGGAGACGCUGAACGAGGCUCGUCUGGAGAUCAUCCUCCGUCGGUAUUUGCAGGACGGACAGAUGCUGAGUCCAGCGCAGGCCAAUCCGAGAGAGCCGGUGUUUCUGGAGUUUAAAACAGAAGCUCCUGUUAAACUCGGGGUCAGACUGCGAGACGUCGUUAAACAGCCUCAGGAGCUCCAGCUGGCUUUGAGGAACAACACCAGGCCGUACAUCAUAGCAAUCCAAAACGGGAGCGUGUGUGUGUGUUUGAGCGCCGAGGCGUUGGUGCGUGAUGAGAUCAUGGCGGCGUGUCAGGCUGUGUGUGUGAGCUCUGCGUUACACUGGUCACCGCAGCACGGAGCUCUUGGACGCCUCGCGCAAAUCAGAGAUCCAUGGGACCUGGUUUCUGAAAGCCACAAGCUGAUGGACCAAAUUUUCCCGCCCUUUUUCAGAGGUCUGGAAGCAGCCGGCUGGCAGACGGACCGGACGCUGCUGAACUGGGACGAGUGGAGAGCCGAGUGGAGCAAGAAAGGGAGCUAAGAGGGGAAACCUUUUUAAAUCUGUGUUUCAUGAUGUUUUUAGCUGAUGAUCAGCGAAGAGGAACAAGUUCUUUCAAUAAAAUUUUUUUAUUAAACUUGA